AUGUCAGCCAAGUCAGGUAACGGGCAAGAUCCGUCUUUAGGAUCAACCACUGACUAUUUGGAGCCUUCAAAGCAGGCAUAUGAGUCAGCCAAGAUCUACUUUUUGGACCACUUAGGAACAGACAAUGUAGCAAGACAACUCGUGGAGCACAGUCACUCAAUCUCGGAAGUUCUCAGUGUCGUGCACGGUGCUGAAAAGCAUUACAAGGCUAAAAGAGGCUCCAAGGCUUAUAAGUGGCUGGUACGGGUGUCGGAAAAGGUUGGUUACUACGGCACAGUACUCGAUGUGCUUGUCCAGCACCAUCCGGAGUACGUCUCUCUGGUUUGGGGGACAUUCAAACUCCUUUUUGGCGCUAUAUGUAGCCAUGAGGAACAGGUAAAGCAAUUGGCCAAAACAUGUGCCCAGAUUGGAAAUAUUCUCGAAAAUGUUGAAAUUCGUCUCAGUCUAUAUACAUCGGAACGCCUGAUCAAAUCUGUCUCGGAGCUAUAUGUCAACAUUUUGGAGUUCCUCAAACACGCCGUGGCAUGGUACGCCAAGAGCAGAUUUGGACGAGCUUGGACGGCUAUAUCUCGACCGUGGGAACUUGGUUUCCGUGACUACGUACAGGACAUCAAAUCUGCGUCCAACCGUAUCGUGGAGCUUGUUAUGAUGUCGUCCCAGGCAGAUAUCCGUGCACUUUCGCUCAAGACAGACCAGAUGUACCAAGAGCUUGCCAGCAACAGGCUUCAGUUCGAAAGAAUGUCAAUCAUGAUGCAGCAAAUGUAUUCCAUGCAGACCCAGCUGCAAGCAGACUACUCUUCAUCCAUGGGUGUGAUUCGAAGAAUGGAGCAUAACCAAAUCCUGUCGCUCCCAAUGAUGGCGAGUCUGCCGGCCUCGGGACAGUCCAUGAACUUCUGCCGCUCGAUUCGUGACAGAAGAAGACAGCGAUACUACUUACCAGCUCCGACAAUUAGGCAAUUUGAAGAAUGGAGCAAGGGACCCGACAGCUCCAUUAUCUUUACCUUGGCCAGGAGCGCCCAGGCAUCGCAAGACUUCAUGGUAGACUCGAUCAAGUUGAUCCAGGAAGAGAAGCGUAAUAUUGUAUGGGCAAUGCGGUUCGAGCGCCAUUGGGAAAAGCCACUUAGCUGCAUCGACGUUCUCAAGGUGCUUGUUCGGCAGUGCCUGCAAAUCAACACGGAAAUCCUAAAGAACGAUCCCUUCCCGCCGACGGCGGCUUCUUUCCUCGAGGCCGUGGAUGAGCGUGACUGGCUACAGAUUCUGAAUCGUGUCGUCAGAGGCCUACCCGUGCUCUACAUUGCGCUAGAUGUAACCGUUAUCAGAAACGCAUUGGGCAACGAUGGAUUGGCAACGGUCAGGUUUCUGGAGGACUUGACGCGUACCGUGUCUUCUACGACGAUCAAAAUAAUUCUUGAGCAGUCUGCAAUCGAUGGGGACUACGUCCGGAGGACUUGGGACCGCAGCUUGUGGUCAGUAGCGCGCAUUGAUGGCAGUGAAGGUGGGAAGAGAAAGCCAGGUGCUAGCUCCCUGAGGCGUAUGCAAAUAAAACGGCGCAGGAGACGAUAA